AAAUUCGCCCAUCCGGCAACCCCCCAAAAACAGAUGAUUCGUCCGCUGUUGCAAAUAACGCAUAUUUACGUGACGCUGUUUUAACCGCACACGAUUUUAUUGUUGUUAUUUACUUUGAAACGGAAAAUCGACUUCAGUGUGACGAUGCGAAUCGAAUUAGAGGACUCGAGGUUUUUCUGGGUGGACAAGGCCACCUACAGCAAUGCCGAGAAAUUGUACUACCAACAACGCCAGAUAAAAACGGAAAAGAGCAAUGUAACUGUCUCCGCACAGGUUACUGCACCCAUUGCAGUGCCAAGAUCCUUGCCCGCCCCCGCACCAGCUAAGAAGAACAAGAAGAAAAACAAGGCGAUGGCCGAGAAGGAUAAUCCAAACAAACUGCUAUACAUGAAUCCCCUAACCAUGGAGGCGAACUUCUUUCUGGAAACCCUGACGGCAAUGAGUCAGAAGAGCUGCCCCCCGCAACUAGAUCCGUAUCUGACCAAGCUCCUGGAGCGAAUUGUUGUCGGCAUCGAAAAAUAUCUGGACAGGAAUCCAACCUAUGUGUUACCCCGGGAGCCGGCUGCCUCAGGCGAGGGUGUGGUCUUUGUGCAGCCUAAAGAGCUGCAAACAAUCAAGCGUACCUUCAGCUGCACCGCCUGCACCAAUCGAAUCGUUGGUACUACCAUCGCCAAAGCGGUGGCACAUCUGUCUGAAAAUCAUCCGAAUCCCAAUCCCAAUAACCAACCGCUUCCGAACCAGCAACACCAACAGCAGCAGCAGCAGCCACAAACAAAGCAAGAGAAAAAGCGAGCUCAGGUUAAGGCGCGUCAGGAGAUGGUGGUGCAGUUACCUAAAAAGGCCAAGGCCAUGAUUGUGGGAGAGAUAACUACUGUGUUCAAAGACAAGUACCCAAUAGCGGACAAGUUGAAGGUGAUUCCCGAGUACAACAUUAUCGAACAGGAUUUGUGGAAACUUUUAUCACCGGCGUUUCCGGCCCAACAGCUGCGUAUCUACAAAUUUGGUUCCCGUAUUACAGGCAUCGGGACGAGAUCGUCCGAUUUGGAUGUAUUUGUAGACAUUGGAAAUACAUUUCACACAUUCGAGCAUCGCGCCUCAAAGGCAACGAUUAGCAAGCUACGAGCGAUGCGACCCGUUUUCUGUGGCAGUGAAGAUUGGCGCAUCAUAAAUGUCAUCGAGCAGGCUCGGGUCCCUAUAAUUAAGACCUGUCAUCUGCCAACCGGGAUCGAGUGUGACAUUUGCCUGAACAGUCUGGGCUUCUGCAACACGAAUCUGUUGAAAUAUUUGUUCGAAUCACAGCCACUAACUCAAUACAUGUGCAUCUAUGUAAAGAACUGGCUGGAGCGCUGCAAGCUGACGGAGCAGAUCUCAACGUACAGCAUUACUCUGAUGGUAAUCUACUUCUUGCAGCUGCAGCGUUUACUGCCUCCUAUCACGGCCUUGCAACAGGAUCAGUCUUCCCAGCAGCUCGUGGGACCUUGGAUAGUCAAUUUUUCUCAGAAGGCGCCAAGUGAGCUGGGGCUGCAGCAAUUAGAGGCGACUGUGCCCGUUGUGAAAGGCUAUCUCAGGGCCUUCUUUUUGUAUUAUUCCAACUUUAACUAUGAACAGUUCAUGGUCUGUCCAUAUUUCGGUCGGGGCAGCAUUGAGAUCCAGAAUAUUGAGAAAGCCCUGCCGAACAGAUAUUCAAGUUAUGUGUUCGAGAAUCCCGAUUGCUCGCUGCAAUUGCGAAAACCGAUGGUGGUCCAGGAUCCGAUACAGCUCAACCACAACGUUACGAAAGCUGUGACCCGAAACGGACUUCAGACAUUUGUAGAUUUCUGCCAGCAGACGGCUGUCUUACUUUAGGAACCGUUGGCUAAUUAACGUCAACGAAGUACUUAUUAAAACCAGGAAAUCAUAAAUCUUAGCUAUCCCAUCCCUCCAUUCGCAAGACAGUUCAGUGGCUCGUCUGUUAAGUUUUGAAAGUUUUCUGUGUGCGGAGGAUUUGUCACCAGCCGCCAUUUGCUGCUGGAAAUAAAAGUUGCUCACCAAGUUAGCUUUCAACAAGCACGAACGUCUGAACAAUUCGAA